GGAGGAGCCAUCGGUGCAUUACGUCACCUUCUCCCGAGCCCUGGUGCUGCGGGUGCGGGCUCCUCUCUGGGGCGCGGUACUGUGUGUGAGGCAGAGGCUGGCCUUCUGGGAGCGAGGAGGACGAGGGACCAGAUCAGAAGGACCAAGGACAGCGGCAUCCUCCCUGCUUUCUAUCGUCGCAGCACCAGGAGGAGAGAGGAGAAUCCGGGGUUAAGGGCCAGGGGCCAGGCCAGCUCCAUCCUUCCAGCUGAAGCUGCAGGAGCGGCAACCGGGAAGGAGAUAGGGGAGCAGGAUGGCGGAGAGCGAGGCGGAGACCCCGAGCACCCCAGGCGAGUUCGAGAGCAAAUACUUUGAGCACCACGGGGUCCGGCUGCCGCCCUUCUGCAGGGGGAAGAUGGAGGAGAUCGCCAAUUUCCCCGUGAGGGACAGCGACGUCUGGAUCGUGACCUACCCCAAGUCAGGCACCGGCUUACUCCAGGAAGUGGUCUACCUGGUGAGUCAGGGAGCUGACCCCGACGAAAUCGGCUUAAUGAACAUCGACGAACAGCUUCCUGUCUUGGAGUACCCUCAGCCAGGGCUGGACAUCAUCAAGGAGCUCACGUCCCCUCGGCUCAUCAAAAGCCACCUCCCCUACCGGUUCCUGCCUUCAGACCUCCACAAUGGGGACUCCAAGGUGAUCUACAUGGCUCGCAACCCCAAAGACCUGGUGGUGUCUUACUACCAGUUCCACCGCUCGCUGAGGACCAUGAGCUACCGGGGGACGUUCCAAGAAUUCUGCCGGAGGUUCAUGAACGAUAAACUGGGCUAUGGCUCGUGGUUCGAACACGUCCAGGAGUUCUGGGACCAUCACAUGGAUUCCAACGUGCUCUUCCUCAAGUAUGAAGACAUGCAUCGGGACCUGGCCACGAUGGUGGAGCAGCUGGUGAGGUUCCUGGGCGUAUCUUAUGACAAGGCCCAGCUGGAGUCCAUGGUGGAGCACUGCCACCAGCUCAUCGACCAGUGCUGCAACGCGGAGGCCCUUCCUGUUGGGAGGGGAAGAGUCGGGCUAUGGAAAGACAUCUUCACUGUAUCCAUGAACGAGAAGUUUGAUCUGGUAUACAAACAGAAGAUGGGAAAGUGUGAUCUCACCUUUGACUUUUAUUUAUAAGAGAGAGAAAACUCAAACUACAAAAACUUUGCAUGCUCGCAGCACCCGUGCCCUGUACGACUAGCUAGAAGCCCUUGACGCGUUCCCUUAUGACUUGCUGGACAAACAUUGGUAGCUCUGUGUAAAACAACUGGAAAAAGCUGGCGGCUAAGUAACUGUAGGCCAUGUAAUUACCUUCAGUCCCAAGCAGCCCUCUAACCUGUAGUGUCUGAAGUCCCUUAUCUAUUCAUGUAAGUCAUUACAAAAACAUGCAGCUAUGAUGGACUGUAUUAUAUAUAAAACUAUAAAGUAUGCAACAUAUAUGCAAUUAGAAUGUAUACCUUUUCAGCCCCUUCCUGGUUAUUUAUUGUAUUUUAUAGAGCUUUUCACCAAGACUGAAUAAACAUAGUAAACCAAAUAAAUGUUCAUUUCAGAGGGGAAUUAGUGACAAGCCCAAUGGAAUGCCAGAACGAUCUCAGGGGUUAACUGUUCUAUUUAUUUUUGUAGUUUUAUCCGAAAGGGCACAAUGAUCUGGUUCUUAGAUAAGUAAUGGCCCCAUGAUGGAGACAGGGAUGGGGUGAGAGACAGGAAGAAGGCUUCUCCUUCUUUGAUUUUUCUAGGCCCCGUCUUUGAUAACCCUUCUGAAAUGUAGGCAUAUCUUGCAUAGCGUCCUAAGAGCACAGUGUGCGUAAAAACAAUAGUAGUAGGGCACUUAGUCCCUAAGGAACAACAAAUGGGAAAGGAAGCAGGUUGGUGGUUAACGGUGCUCGUACUCCAGGGCUAACUCAGAUCACUCCUAACUAUCGCAUGUGGUCUGAGGCAAACAGUCAAGUGAUGCUGCAGUGGCCUCGUGUGAAGUAAGAGUGGGAUUGGGUGAUAAUGCAUUAACCACAUCGGCACAAGAUGGUAUCGGAUGAGGACACAUUGUGUAGAGUGUGCCCAUAGCUGUAGACACUGGCCACUCCAUUUUCCAGAUGGGGGAGGGGGAGACCUUCCGCAUGGUUUUUAGUGGGUGAGGGAGGAAUCCAGCACAUGGACACGGAACCCAAUCGGAAGUAGUCCCACAGAAGAUGACAUUUGUAGUGACAGAAAACAUUAGUCAUGAAUUACACCCGGAAAUUGUUUUACUCCAGGGCUGCCUUUUUGUCCCCCAAGACAGCAGGUGACAGACGGAAUCUGGCAAGCAGACUGCCAACUCUGAGACUUCCUAAAUACGCUUGCUCUUUCCAUCCCGUGUAUGUUGUUCUAUCCGUACAUGGCUGCAGGAGAAUCAUUUCACCAGUUCUCACUCCUGUCUACAUGAGCCCUGAGCCUUGUGGUGUCUGAAGGGAAAAGGGGACCUGGCCAUUGCCUUCCCACUAGUCCCAAGCACAGGGGAUCCACAGGGUAAGGAAAGACAUUCUCAAGGGUGGGAAGGAGAGUCGGAAGGGUGGUGGGAAGGGAGGUGGGCAGCCAACAUCUGGUUCUGAAUCACCUUCUUGAUGGGGCCACAAGAAUGUUGGAUCUUCUAGGGUGAACCAGCAGCUGAGAUGCAGUAGUUACCCAGGUUCUAAGGCUUGAAAGGGCUCAGUUCUGUGCUGCUUCCUUUGAAACAGGUGUAGAUGCUGUAUUUAUACUUUUUUUUCUUUUUAAAAAUAAAGAAGAAGCUGUUUGGAGGGCAGGUGGCCCAUGGCCGGCCCAGUACCUCCUCUUGUUUAGCUCUGUGUGUGUGUGUGUGUGUGUGUGUGUGUGAGGCUGUUUUCCAUGAAAUUUUAUUUCUAUUUUUCUAUUUUUCGUACUGUAUUGACCUUAAGCACUGCGUGUUUUCUGUGUGCUUGCUUGCUUCUCUAAUAAAGACAUGUUCUGUG